CAUAGACCGGCACGGUCGUCACGUGUUCUAAAGGCCCGCCCUACAGACCGUAAGCACAGUUGCAUCCGCUAUGGCACGCCAGGCAAGGGCCCAGCGUCCGAUGCGCCACAGAUCCGCCAAGAGUUACCACACCGAGGAGAGUUAUCCGCCUUUGGAGACUGACUACGAUGAAGACCAAUCUUUGUCAGAGAAUCAGCACAUUCAUGGAGAAGCCGACGAUACUGAGAGCGACGCAUUCGCUUCCGAAGGUCAAGACGAUGCCGAUGACGAUGCCGAUGACGAUGACGAUGACGAUGACGAUGGGCAGGGUGCAGGUUUCAUGUCAGAAGCUAUUGAUCAAGGUGCCGAGUCCAGCGUUGAAAUGGACGAUGCAGCCUUCGAAAGGGAAACUGAGACCUCGCGCCGGAGGAAGCGUAAGCAACCAAAGGGAGUGAUCAGAACCGCCCUCGCAGCCGGUAUGGUGGCGAAAAAGGCCACACCAAAGAAACGCCGCAGAGAACCCCCCAAGAAGAAGGCAGACGAUUCGGAACACCGGUUGCGUGCUCGUGGCCUUGAUGACUGGGGGAAAGGAGCAAGAGGUGGUGGGUUGGAGAUUCGCAUCAGAGAUCUGUUUGGCCCGGAACCGAGCGAUCUCGAGCCCGUCACGUUGACCAGGGAUCACUGGUUGGAGCAGCAUGCUCUACCAAGCCGGAAACGCUUUCUGAGGAAGUCUUUCUAUGUGACCGACAGGACCAGGCAGAAGGAGGUCCAGAAAAUGCGGAAAUGGUACUUGACCCAGGGCUCAAGAGGGUUUCAACAAGGCCAGAAAUCCAGCAUUCUGACCAAAGAGCAAGCCCACCCCUACGUGCAAUAUCCUGGGGAUGACUCUUUAAACUUAUUGAUGGGACCCAUCACAGACCCCAAGUUUCGUCAGCUACCAAAGGGCUCUUCUUUGAGUUCUGCAGACCCGUUUGGCCACGAUGGCCGUAGAGGGUGGAUUAUCAACCUCGGCUCCAAGAUACAAGACGCACAAUGGGCACCUCAUGGGGAAGGUACCGUUCAAUAUCUGGCUGUCGCCAUUGAGCAACAUCCAGAGGAGAACAACCCAAACAGUCUGCUUGAGAACCUACAGGCUCCGACGUUUAGUCCGACCGCGGGGUUCCCUGCCUCGAUUUCGAUAUGGGCAUUCCCUGCUACCUCACUGGGAAUACCCGACUCGGAUAAGCCACCGCGCCUAGAAGUCAUGCUCUGCACAGAUUGGGGCGCCCCGAAGGAACUGAAGUGGUGUCCUCUUGGGCCCGCGGAUUUCUCCGACACCGUAGACCAAGGGCGGAUUCAUCUCGGUCUUCUUGCCGGUCGAUGGUCUGAUGGCAAGGUGAGGAUACUUGAAGUGUCUUAUCCAAGAACUGCAGCUACUGUGUCCGAGCCACAAUAUAUCCGGUAUAUCAGAGCAGCUGUUGAAGUUCAGUUCCCAGACACCGUGCCCACUUGCAUACACUGGCUUUCGGCGACAUCCCUUGCAGUUGGUACAGCGGCAGGUACAUUAGCGGUAUGGUCUUUGACUCGGGCCGACACGUUUACGCAUGGUUCCCCCCGCGAAGGCAAAUAUAGCAGCCCCAGGCCCUGGUUUCACAAGCAAGUAGCAGAGACUACGAUCCUGACGCUCAAAUCGGGCUAUCCAUCCCGGUCCACCUUUGUCUCGGUCAACGUUGCAGACGGCCAGUCCCGACUCAUCGACCUUCGUGACCCUGCGAAGGAGACGGUUACCACGAAUCGGGACCGAAUAUUCGGUAUCACACAAGCCUGGCACGAACACAGUCAAUCAUUCAUGACAUCAGACGAGAUAGUGCUGUUCCGCAGCAACUCUAUACGGAGAUAUUAUUCAAACAUUCUCAGCAUGAAGACCGAAGCACAGGUGGUAUGCUGCGCGUCGAGUCUGUUGCAUCCAGGCGUAUUGAUUGGCUGUGCUGAUGGGAAAGUCUACGCUAGUAAUCCCCUUCCAAGGGUCCUCUAUUACAAAGAGAUUCCGUGGCAACAAAUCUGGUUUGCUCACGAAUGGAGGCGCGCUUGUGAGAAGCUGCCUCUGAAACUGAACAACGGCAAGACGGCGGUCACCUCCGACGCUGAACAUCAUCACCAAUCCAAUGUACCUCGAGAUGCCCUCUCACAUCCGCUUGCUCGCAUAACCGAGGGCUACCAGGUCCAAAAGACGGCGCUGCAAACGAUAAAAGAAGCGCCUAAACCGCCGACGAAGGAUUAUAUGAAGUCCAUUACAACAUUCGAGGAGCCAACUUGUAUAACUGCCCUAGCAUGGAAUCCGAACAUCAAAUUUGGGACUUGGGCGGUCGCCGGCAUGGGGGAUGGCCUGCUCCGGGUAGAAGACCUGGCCGUGUGAUAAGUGACGAGUGGACCGAAGAGAGCUGUGCGAGUGCCAUGCUGCGCGUAUCGCAGGGCGACGUAUUCGUUCGGGUAACGUCCUAUUGUCGGGCUUUCUGCUUCUCGAGUGUCUUAUACAUGAGAGACGCAGUUCGUCGAUUAAGCUGGAUGCUUGCCGACGCAUUGCCACAUGCCAUCAGAUUCGAAAAUACUCUGUAACAUGGCCACGAGAAAGUGAUGACCCCAGCGUCAACCUUAUCUUUGAUUCCAUCGCAGCCCGUCACUGCUAUGCAAGCGGGUCAGAACUUGUGAAGAAUGAGGUUCACUUUCCAUGGCAGAAUAGAACAAGAAUCU